CGAUCGUUACACUCCAUCGCAACCCGGCGGGGCACAUCAACAUCACACCUUAGUCAACUUUCCCACAAUCGCGCUCUACCAUUCGAGUCUCCAAUGACGCCGUGUGCACCAUUACCAUGGCGCGCAAACUGCCGUGGGACCGUGAUCAAGUCGAUACGCCUGUCAAAGUGGAAAGGAGCCCAGCACAGGCUCCUCGCUCGCCUGUAAUCGCGACACCAGCCUCGGAACCCACAAAGCGCAUCAAAAGACGAUCACCUGCUAGAACAAGGAGCCCGUCCACAUCCCCGCCUCCCGAGCCUCCGAAGGAAGAAUACAUGACACCGACUGAUGAUCUUUGGCAAAUGGUCGAAGAUGAAUUCUACCAAACCGCGCAAAAGUUCACCGCGCAUCUCCACCGCGCAGAGUACCAGCGCCAGAAGACUCUCGCCGCCUCGCAGAACGCCGCAGCCAUCAGUGCCAUUGCCCGUCCCACCGUCGGCGAAGCCAGUCGCCUCGUGAGGCAGAGAUCUGCGCUGACGAGUAGAACUAAGAAACAGCAGGAUGUCUUGGGAGAAGAGGUGCCUGCUACGAGCGGCCUGCGCGGGCUCAUGGACAGUCCAAAGAAGGCUGAUCGCGUGUUGAGAGUAGGAGGAGGGUUGCUGACCAAGGCGGCCGCCGCAACCAAGAGGGCUGCCAGUCCCACGCCCAUCCGAGGGCAGGAAAGCAAGACUGCGAGGAGGGAGCAGAGCAUGGCUGGUCGAGAGAUCUCCGCCGCAGCCACCAUCUCAAAGGUCCCAACCCGACCAGCCGCCUCGGCAGGGAAGCUAUCAUCGACGAUACAUCGUUCCAGAUCGGAACCGAACCUUAAGAAGCGCACGGAAAAAGCAGUCGAAUUAUCGUCAUCCGAUGAUGAUGAUGAUCCCUUCGGAAUCAAAAGGAGGCGAUUACAGAGAGCAAAAUCUCGUGAGCAGCUACGGAGGCCGAGGGAACAACCGCGUGAACCAUCGCCAGAUGUUAUCCCACGGUUCUUCUAAAACGGGCCGCGAGGUACUAAGCACAAAGUCACGAUCAGCAUGGG